CACGCCUUUUCUCCAUGAGCUUGAGAGUCGGCUCCGAGAUCUUGCUACGUUUUUUGGUACGGAUGGGCUUGCAGAACUUCGAGCCCACCGUAAGGACAGCUUCAACAAACCUGUCAUUAUAAUUGUCCACGUCUACGCAGCUCUCUAGGCAAUCGAAGCGAUUUUGCAGUUCGAGUUGAAAGCGCUCGGGGUUUUGGAUCUGGAUGGCUUCAGGACGGAGCGUGGACUUCAUCAGUCGAUUCCUUUCGGCUUUGACAUUUAGAUUCAAUGUGCCUCUUACCAUUCGGUAAUCGCUUCCCGUAUUGAACGAAUUGAUCACUGAGACAUCAUUGAAUAUCCGAGUCUUAGUCGACAUGAUGAAGUCAAUUUUUUGUUACGCCAUCCGGACUUUUCCAGGUCCAUUUUCGAUGCAGCCGUUUUCUGAAGAAGGAGUUCAUCAUAAAGAGUUCCUCCUUCUCCAUGUAAUCGGCUAGCAUUUGACCUCGGAAGUUCCGGAUUCCAACUCCAAAUUGCCCCACUUUCAACUCAUCAUCGCCACGUUUGCCCAGCCUUGCGUUGAAGUCCCCCAUGACAACGGUGUAAUGGGUCCUGGAAGCAUGCAUUGCCCGAGAAAUAUCCUCAUACAUGACUUCCACUUCCUCGUCGGGGUGCGUCGAGGUCGGAGCGUAUACCUGUAUGACCUUCAACGAAUACCGUUUGGUGAUUCUGACCCUUCAAUUGCGGAAAAGCCUCCGCCUAAAACACCCCCAGCUUGCGGAACGAUUGCGCGGCCGCAGCGCGCGCUCGACGCGGUUUGAAAUUUAUUCAAUAACUUUAAUAAAUUGUUCGGUCGACAUGCAGCUAAAUGUUUUAUUUCAAUUAUAGAUAGUCAAUGUACCUUCUUUUUUAGUAAUUUCCUAUAUAAAUUGUUUCAACCUUUUUAUUUUUAACAGGAAACGUAGACAAAAUCAAUUUCGCACCUUAGGUGGCAUAAACGCGAUUUGAAUAAAUAUACGAAUACUAUAUGCUAUAUAAUAUGCUUUUCAUUGAUAACCUUUUCAAAGUUGAAUAACUAAACAAUAGAUAUAAUUUUUAUUAUUUUUAAAGCAUGUAACUGCUUGAUGUUUAAAUCAUUUGACAUAGUGGGUUUACCUAUAAUGCGAAGAGAUGGCGCUGCCUUGCAGCUUAAGAAUUGCUAGAAAGAAUUUCGACGCGGUCCGUGAGGGCCGGUGCGGGUUCGAGUCCCGUCUGCUGCCUGGUCCGCGUGGAAUUUUUUCUAGUUAUAUUUUCUUUAGAUUUAAACAAUAGAUUUUUGCAAAAAAAUAAUAUACUGUUGUAAUAUAAUGUUGUUAAUAAACUGUUUUAAAAAUUACUUUUUAGUUGCGGGCUCCGCGAUGCUCGAUUUUAAAAUUGUCGUACUAACGGUUGUUUGGUCAUAAGAACGACUUCACCACAAUGAGUGAAUGGUUUAUUCAUCUGGGUAUAAAAUUCAAAAGACUUUGAACUGUAUUGCAUUAUAUUUAUUCCCAAAAUUGCAAAAAAUUGAAUGCGGGUGACGAGCGAGCAGUUCUGCACUUACCCAAACGGGCUUUACUCACGAAGGCGUGCAGUGCUGCACUACAGCGGUUGAAGGGGUAUAAGAUGGAACAGCACGUUUUACAUGAUGGAAAGGUUUUCAAAACUCAAAGAUUCUCUGGUGUUGUACCUAAGCGUAAAUCCAAUCGCGAUGAUAUCCCCCGAAGAUUGGAUGAACAUUCAAAAAUUUGUGCAAUUAAUGCAGCCAUUUGAAGAAAUAACAAGAAAUCUAAGUAGUUCUCAAGUCAGUAUUUCAUCAGUCAUACCUUUAAUUCAAGUUCUUAUGACCACAUUACAACAAGAAGAGACGAAACCUGAUACUUCCGAACAAUUCAAAAAAUUUACAACAAAAUUACGUGACGAAUUAAAUGCAAGUGCGAGAUUUGGAAACCUGGUGGAAGACGAUAAAUACACCAUCGCGACUUAUUUGGAUCCGCGAUAUAAAUCGCAUUUUUUUAACAGCAUCAUUACAGAACAGCUUGAAUCUAAAUUACUUAAUGUGACGAUUAACACUAUUACAAUUAGAAACAGACAAUCCAAUUCCAUCCAAGAUGAUGACCGCGUACCUUCUCCCAAAAGAAGCCGAACUCAAUUUGCGAUUGAAGGCAUCGAAGUGCAGCCUUCUACUUCAAAAUCAUCAUCAUCAUUACAAAUAUUGGAAUCGAUGUUAAGCGUAAAUGAAGACCAGGAGGAGAACUCGUCUGCAACCGACGAUGGUGACAAUUUAUUUUUAGAGAUACAGUCACACCUUCGGGAGUACAAGAAAGAGAAGAGACUACCUCUCCACGAGGAUCCUCUUAUGUGGUGGAAAGUAAAUGCGCACAAAUACCCCCAUCUGUUGCCAAUAGUUCGCCAAUACUUAUCAGCUCCCCCCAGCAGUGUAGCCAGUGAGCAAUUGUUUAGUGGAGCUGGUUUAAUAUAUGAAGAACACCGUAACAGACUCAAAGGUUUAAAAGCAGCCAAAUUACUUUUUAUUAAAUAUAAUUUACCUCUGUUUAAUUUCGAGUACUGAAAGUACAAAAUUUAAAAUAAUUCAUAAUAAAAGAAAUCUUUAGAAAUAAAAUUGUGCUUUUUCUUAAUAGUAUUAACACUUCCGCUAAGAUUUAAUUUUGACUUCUGUUUCCGUUUCUGCUUCCGCUAUUACACUUCCGUUGCAUCACUAAUAUAUAUUGUCUUUUACCUACAUGUUUUCUUUUUGUAUUGAUUUCUAAAAAAAACUUAUUAAAAGUUUUAGCAGCUCUUAAUAGAUACCGGACUGUUAGUGUUUCGUGUGACAAAGAUGACGCUCUACAAAGCCGAAGCUAGCCGAGUAUCUCUCUCUAAAGCUAGAUGCGACUUAUAAAUGGUCUGGUACUGUACACCAUUAUGCCAUGAUUUAUAUUAUACUGGCGAUAUUAGCUGUGAUCACUACAGCGAUAAUCGCCAAGCGCAUUCGGUGUUUAUGGAGUCGCCCGCGCCGGCGGGAGGGGCAGACAAGUGCCGAAGAAACGCGUCAUGAAGCGACGUCGGGGACAACGCCAUCACCUGCACUUCAACCCUCGCGUGAUAGACAAGAGUCAUACGACCCAUCCAACUACGAAAUAGAUCAACGAGUCCCGUUUUGCGGAAAAUUUAUGGAAAUGGUUCAUUUGACUCUGUUUAAUUAUCUUUUAAUUUUCAAGUCUUACGUUUUGUCAUACUUACCUGUAUGCAAUCUUUUUCUUCCAGCAUCCCACUCUCUGCGGCCCGGGAAUAUGUGCGGGCCAAUUACCGCACAUGUUUCCGUGUCAGCGAAAUAGUUUACUUAUUUAAUAAUUUAAUUCUAUUUUCAGUCGUGUGUGUAGCAAGUAAUGCUAGUAAGCUCGUAUAUCAAGAAAAUAUACAUUCUAUAAUCUUCAAGGAGUUUUUAUCAUCAAGUUAUCAAGAUCUACCAAAUAGGUCUUUCGGUAGCAUCACGGCACCGUCCGACACAAGUUGAGUAUGUCAGUAAUGGUUUUUGCACUAUGCUGAGAAUGAAUGGUGCAAAAAUGUUGGCAGACCAUUUUAUAAAUAAAAAGUGACAGCAUCGACUUAAAUCAAACUUAAUUGUUACAAUUGUACCGUAAUAAAAUAACUAAAAAACAUAUAAAGUUUAAAAUUACUAUACCUUUGCGCAACUUCCAAGAAAACAUCGAUGGCGGUGAAUGCAAAAUUGCCCAGUUGCGGCAGCAGGGCCGUAAACAGCGCGAAAAAGAACUCUGUUAUCUCAGUCUCGGCGGUCGCGUACAAUGGUUCACACAACAUGCGCAGAGCCGUCUCUGCCGCGCCUUGCAUGCUCUCUGCUAUUAUCUAUACACAUAAAGUUUAUUCAACUUAUUACAAACAGCUAGUAAUUUUAGCAUUGAUAAAUUUUAUAUAUUUUAACAGUAACAGGUAGUUAAUCAAAGUUUUCAUAGAAUACUACAUAUUUCUCCCGGCAACAGACAGCAGCGCCGUUCACGCUACCAGCCGCUGGAUACAAAUAAUUAAACAAGAGACGCUUUCCUUCUUAGCAAUGGUAGGAUCGUGCGCGAACGCAUGCAGUAGAGCAGUGAGCUCACUGUCCCGCUCCUAACGCGGCAUACCUUUCUCUUUAGACUCGAGCGGCCUAAUGGCUCUAGGACGCAGAGGGGACUCCCCGAGGGUAGCUGCUAUCCACCUAGAAUACCACUCGCAAAGGCACUCACUAUUUCCUGGAUUGAUGUCCCCUAAGGAUCUCGCUGUCCCUAAGGCUAGUGUUGCUGUAAAUCAUCUGACACCAACAACAUGCAGACUCAAAAAAACAGUGCCAUUAGGGAUGCCCAAAAGCAUCAAAGUUGGUUAAGGUAAAAACACAUGGUUGAAAGAUGGUCAAGUACUAUUUUUCGCCACGUAAAAAUAACGUAUUCAGUAGAGCAGUGAGGAGCGGCGGCGCCGUCAACGCUACCAGCACCACCCCUGUAUGUAAGUGAUAAACAACGCGGCAUAUCGUUCCCUUUAAGCUCGAGUGGUCUAGUAACUCCAGGACGCAGAGGACAUCCCGAGGGAGAUGCCAUCUUCCUAGAAUACCGCUGAAGGAACUCGAUAUUUCCUAGUUUCAGGUCCCCAUAGGAUCUCGCCAUCCCCAAUCCCAGCGAUGCUGUGAAGGAAAUCUGCCACCAACAGCAAACAUACAAAAAAAAAUACUAACCUUCUUGGCUUGGUAGGUGCGUGAACGAACGCGUGCAGUAAGGCAGUGAGCUUCAACGCUGCCAGCCCCGUCUCUGUAUGUAAGUGAUAAACAACGCGGCAUACCUUUCCCUUUAGACUCGAGUGGUCUAGUGGCCCUAAGACGCCGAGGAGACUGCCCGAGGUGAGAUGCCAUCCGCCUAAGUGGCACUCGCUAUUUCCUGGUUUGAGGUUCCCUAAGGAUCUCGCCGUCCCCAAUCCCGAUGCUGUGAAGUUAAUCUGCCACCAACAGCAAACACACCCAAAAAAUAUAUACUAACCUUCUUGGCAUUGGUAGGAGCGUGCGCGAAAGCGUGCAGUAAGGCAGUGAGGGGUGGCAACGUCGCCGCCGGGCCGGCAACUGGCAGAGGCGCCGUCCACGCGGCCAAUAAACCGCGCGCCGCCUCUCCCCCCGCCCCUACCACCGCCCCCGAACCAGACCCUGUUCCGACGUUUGGACCCCGCGCCAGUAAUAAGGAGAGAAGCGCCUCACGAACAACCGCAGCAGUCUACAC